AGUCGUGGUAGACGGUGCAAAAAAAAAAGAUCUCAUCAUUUUAGGUUUUAGAGUUCGAAGUGCUGACGUUUUUGUUCAUCUAUUUCUUCCAGAGCGUUGCGCAGAGACUGCCGCUUUUCUCUUCACCUUUCCACUGUUACAUCAUUCCAUUUUUUCACUUAAACGAGGCGCGCCACCAUGAAGUUCACGCACCGCGAGAUCGAAGAAGACCGAAAGAAGCCAGUCGGCUCGCUCUUUAUGCACCUCAUAGAUCGAGAUUCCAUGCCGUCCCGUGCGCAUUACAACCAGAAGGCGCGCAUGCUGGACGCACAUAGUCUGCCUGACACGCAGCUGUGCCUCUACGUGCGCGAUACCCCGAUGCGCGCCGCGACGCCGCUGCACGGGCGGCGUCACUUCGCCAAAAAUGGCCAGCACACGGACUGCGCGCGCACCGAUUACGUGCGUCCGCCGAGUGGGGUGCGGAGGUGUGCAUCGGCAAACGGCGGCAUCGACCACAUCGAGUGGAAUAUGACGCCCAGGCCGUCCAACCGGGUGCCGACGCCGCGGCAGAAGCGUUACGUGCCCCCACCCUCUCACGAGUCAUCGAGUCGUCCUUUUUGGCUCGGUAGCGACGACGCGGAGGGCUCUUCCCGCCGUGGCCGGGGCGCUGCCCGCAGUUCUUCCGUCAGCGGGUCGGUGUACUCGCGCAACAGCAGCAGUCACGAUCACCUGGCGGUCGGCUCGCUGCUGCCCUUUCCUGAGAAGCCGGUGGAGCGCCCGGUGCCGCCGCCACUGCCACCACGGAAGCGGCGCACGACGGGCAUUCGCAUGUUUCCCGAACAGCGCUCCCGCAGCAUGGAUGAUACACACCGCGGGGUACGCAUGAUGGCACCGCAGCCGCACUGGCGCUCCGCCGCGGACCGGCAGUGGGACUUCUUAGAACUUGGCGUUGCACGUCGCGAAACGCCCGCGCCGCUGUACCGGAAUCACAGCACAAUUGAUGUGGGCGGUGGUCCCAUUAUUGUAAGCGCGGAGCCGGAGCCGCAGGAGCCGCGAUGGCGUGGUGGUCGCCGUGGCUGUGUGACGCCGAUGCCUCGAUCCUACGAUAUCAUUACAGGGCGGCCACUCGUGCACUAG